GAUUUUAAAAAUGGCAACCUCCGAGCAAAGUCCGCGGGCAAAAAAAGAGAAAAGAUUACAAAAAUACAGAAGGGCAUGGGAAAAUAACUACCAAUGGCUGGAAUGUGUGAGAGAGAAUGUGUACAAGGCCAACUGCACCGUCUGCCACCGGGUUUUCUCUAUUAGUCACGGCGGAAUUUGUGACAUCAAACAGCACGCAUCGGGAGAAAAUCACAGGAGGAGCGAGAGGCUGCGGAGGACACGGGGAGAUGGAGCAUUCUCAAAGUACCUUGUCCGCCAGGCGUCUCCAGAGGCUGAUAUGGAAGUUGGCAACCCUACUGGAGGGUUCGAGGAGGCAUCCCUCACCAGCAACAGUGAGGCUGCAAAUAGUUACAGUGAAGUGACCGUCACUCUCUUCAGUGAGGAACCCCACACCAGCCAGAGCCAGGCAGCCCACACCAGCCAGAGUCAGGAGACACAUGAGGGUGACCCUCCUCAGGUGUCCCUCUCUGUGUCAUCAAAAAGGCGUAGGAGUGACAGAGGUGACUCUCACCUGACGGCCUUCGAACGGGAGGUGGUGAGUGCCAUAAGGCAAUGUACCCCCGCUGCAGAGGACCGGGACGAAAUGUUCCUCCGCAGCCUAUUGCCCCAGCUACAGUCCCUGACCCCAAGGAGGAAGGAGGUGGUGAAAUUCAAAAUUCACCAAAUUAUUUUUGAGGCCCAGUGUAGUCAAUAUCAGGAAGAGGCACAGCUGACAAGCCAGUAA